AUGCAACCGACAGUGCACGACAAGAUGUCCAAGUCUAAAGAUGGACAGUCCUCUGGGAGCUUUCACCAGGAUUACAUUGCGUCGCUGCGCUACCGCAAUGACCUACCUCCUCCGGACAUGCCCCCCAAGUUUCUCGACAUCCCGCACGAGGGCUUGAGCCGCUUCCUCACUCCCGGCUUUGCAUCAAACCUGGCGCGCCGCGAGGAGCCAAAUAUCGAUGUCGAUGCUGAAGGUGGAAUGCCCAUUGACCUGGUCGGUAUUCCGGGGUUACACUUAGGCGAUGAGAGUGCUAUCAUGGCCCCCGAAAACCCUCAGCCUAUUGAUCCUGCUGAUCUCCCACUCCUUAUGAGCAUUGAUCAACUCCGAAACCCCGUCCAGAAGAAUACCAACGUCAGCUUCCUUCGUCGCACACAGCAUAUCUCGGUCGACCGCACCGCUGGAGCUGGAGCCGCUGUACCUGCCAAAACGCAAUCACGGCCAAAUAAGAAAGGAAAGCCUUCAAUUGAUGAUCCUAAGCACGUCAAGAAGUUCAUCACAAAGGGAUUCGAUAUUGCCUACCCGCAGAGCAAGCACACUGGAGAGGAUACCGAGAUCCACCCUGAAAACUCCAAGCUGAAGCCAGUCGGCUUCUUCCCCGUCUUGCCUGACUUGGAAGGUUUCCCCGAACCUGGCGGUUUCCUUCAAUUCAAGUUCGACAAGGCACCUGUGGCAGCCGUCGCAGGCAAGCGGGACAAGCGCAUGGAAGUUGGUCUUCUGAGCCCGGCCGCACCCGAACAACGUAUUGUUCACGAGCAUGAGUCCAAGGUGGCUCUUCACGAUGCGAACCCUAAUCUCUACCCUCACCCGGGCCCAGUGCCCUUCGACUACCGCCUAUUCCUACCUGAGAAGACCGAAGCCUUGAAGAAAAUUCACACGAGCAUGAGCCUGACACAUCCAGACAGAAACGACCCAGAACUUUACACCCACGAGUCCGACGGCAACAGAUACCACCGUUACGAUCGUGCCCGCACCUACGCAACAAGCGCCCAGACCUUCAGCAACGAACAGAAAGACAUCGCAAUGACCCUUUUCGAGCCGAAAGACGGCGAUACCAGACAACUGGCCGCCUACUACUACCCCAUCAUUGGCAAGGCCCGUCUCAAGCCCGAGCGUGCCCGUACCAUCGCGCAGGCCGGUCUGGCACCUACAUCCACCCAGCAGGACGAGCCAGAAGAGCAGGUCGACCAGAUGCACGUCACGGUCCGCGAUCCCGAUGAGCAAGAAGUCUACAAGCGUGCCACGCACCGCCUGCAGGUCGAUCCCAAGUUCGCGAGCAACAUGCCGCCUGAACCUACCGUCGUGGAAGAGGAGCAGCCAGUCGAGAACGAGGAUGCCGACAAGCCCGCUGAGGAUACUCGCAUGAGUGAUGACGAGUAG